UCUGCGGGACGAGAGACUCCCCACGGAAGACCAGCGGUUGCAGAAGCGAGUAGCCCUAGGCGUGUUGUGAUCUACACCCCGUCCAGUGAGCUCCUGAGGUGCCUCGGACUCUUUCUACGUCGGAGGUGCUAUAAGCUUGAUCUUUCCCCUACACAGGUUAUAGGAUGGCUAAAAAGUAUUGACAACUAUCUCCUUAUUAUGGGUUACCAACCCGUAAGUUUCCUGAGCUCAGGCAGCGUGGUCUUCCUCUAUAUGCUAUGCCGGGACCUCAUCUCCCCAGAGGCAGACAGCGUAGAACAGCUUCAAGUGUCGGUCCUGACCUGCUACUUCAUCACCCACUGCUACACCGGCAAUGAGAAUGGGUAUCCAGAAACACCAUUCCUGGUGGGCUCAAGGAAGGCCUUUUGGGACCGAUGCCUGUCAUACAUCAGCAUUAUGAGCUCCAAGAUGAUGCAGAUCAAUUCCGACCGCCAGAUUUAUAGCGAGACACUCGCUGAGCUAAAAGCUAUAGGGCGAUAA